AUGAGAUUUGAGAAAGCCGGAGCUGAAAGGAAGUUGCAACUACAAGAAUUAGAAAGCCUUCACCUAGAAGCUUAUGAGAACUCAAGGCUAUACAAGAAAAAGAUGAAGGCUGUGCAUGAUAAAUACAUCAAGAAGAGAGAGUUCCAACUUGGGGACUUAGUCCUCCUUUACAAUUCUAGAUUGAGGCUCAUGCCAGGCAAGUUGCGAUCAAGAUGGGAAGGUCCAUAUAGAGUAGAGAAGGCUGAGCCAUACGGAGUUUUCCACCUAAGUCAUCCUUCACGCUCUGACUUCAUCAAAGUGAAUGGACAUCGUUUAAAACUAUAUCAUGGUGAGAAGAUGAAGAAAAACAAGGAGCUAGAGAUCUUCCUCUUGGAGGAUCCACCCAUAGCAGAAGACUGA